ACUGGAUGGAUUCCGUUAAGCAUCAGUGUAUAUUCUUAAACCUGGAAAAGGAAACAAUGCUCUAAUUACAUGGGAUAGCUAGACGAACUGGAUUUAUCGGGUGGUUUCUUUUUUUUUCACUGGAGUGCUCGUUACUUUUUUCUUCCUCCUAUAAAGAUUAGGUUACCUAAAAAGAUAGAUCUUCAAACAAACACAAAUAAUGGAGCGCUUAAACCAAUUUAUUUCACUGGAUUUACAAAAGAAAUAUCAUAUGACAACGCAGCUAUAAUGUUCUUGUGUCACAUGGGAACUUAGAAUGGCCUAGAAAUUAGUUCUUUGGAUGAUGUUUUAUAAUCUGAACUGGUUAUUGUAGAACUCAUUUGUGGGGAGGUUACACUUUUCCCCACAUUUUUCUUUCUUUUUCUUUUGUUUUCCUUUUUUUUUUUUCGUUUUAAAGAGGGGCAUGGCCAAACCUUUUUUUAGUCUACAGAAAUUUUUACGGCGGGCCCAGUUUUUCCUGUUUUUUCUCACUGUUGCUUACCUUAUGGCAGGGAGUCUACUACUUUUACAAAGGUCUUAUUUGGUAAUUCAGCAAAGCAGCCGAGGUGAUCAAGGUUCACAAACUGACAACUCAGCUACUGGUGAUCAUUACUUUGAUCAGAGGGUAGAAAAGAACCAAUUUUGGAAACAAAAAGGAAAGAUGGAUGUAAACGUACAUUCCAAACUGGUAACUGAUGAAAGAUAUGCUCUAAUUGAUCAGCCACUUAGAAGAAGAUGGAGAAGAAGAUGGUUCCUCAACUUCAUCAAUGAUCGACAAACUGCACAUGGCACAGAUCCUAAACUAAUGAAGCAAACCAUAGUCAGCAAAGGUACAUACAUUGGAUGUUUUGUUGAUAGUGUUGAACAAAGGACCCUCAAAGCUACAGUGUUCUACGACCUAAGGAAAAUGACUAUUAGUCAUUGUCAGGAAGCCUGUGCUGAAAGAACAUACCUUUAUGCUGGACUGGAAUAUGGAGCUGAAUGUUAUUGUGGAAACAACCUUCCACCAAAUAAAGCCAAGGAAGAAGAAUGCAAUAAUGAGUGUAAGGGAGAAAAGGGAUCUGUUUGUGGAGGUGUCAAUCGCCUCUCUGUCUUCCGGUUAGAUGAACUACAAGCCUUGGCUAAGCAACGAAGAAACAUUACCUACAGAGGAUGCUACAGGGCUCCAGAAAAUGUAACACACAUACAUCCCAUUGCUUUUCCCAAUCUGACUGCUGAGAUGUGCUCACAAUUUUGCUCUGAUAAAGAAUAUCCUUUGGCAGUUGUCCGAUGGACAGAAUGCUUUUGUGGCUUCCCUACAGCACAGUUUAACCUUCAUGAACGCCUGGAUGACUCUCUGUGUGCUGAGUAUCUGAAUGACAGCAGUGUGUCUGACGUCCUAAGGGAAGAUAGUUACUUUUCUGUCUACCAGACUCCGAUACAAGAUGUUAGAUGUACAGUCAAGAAGUUCCUGCCAACAAAAUCUAAAGUAUAUGUAGCUUUGUCCAGCUUUCCUGGAGCAGGAAAUACUUGGGUGAGGCAUCUUAUUGAGCAACGCUACAGAUAUUAUACAGGAAGCUACUACUUUGAUGGGACCUUGUACAACAAAGGAUUCAAGGUGGAAAAAAAUCAUUGGAGGAGUGGCCGCACAAUCUGUGUUAAGGGACCCAUGAAAGUGGGCAAGAGAGAAAUAGAAUUGUAUGAUUCAUCAAUUUUACUUAUUAGAACCUACAACGCGCUUAUUGCAGAGUUCAACAGGAAAUUAUGCUGGAACAUUGGCUACGCAACAGAGAGGCACUGGAAAAGUAAAGAAUGGCCAGAAUUUGUUAAUGGAUAUGCGUCAUGGUGGGCCUCCCAUGUUCUAGACUGGCUCCAAUAUGGCAAGAGACUUCUUGUAGUCCACUAUGAAGAGCUGAAGAAAGAUCUCAUUAGAAAAUUGAGGGAAAUCGUAAUUUUCUUAAAUUUGCCAGUAAAUGAGGACCGGUUACUUUGUGUUGAAAAUAAUAAAGAUGGGAAUUUCAAACGUGUUGGGUCUAGCAAGACAAAUUUGCAACCAUUUACACAGAAAAUGAAGGAUUUGAUUGAUGGAUACAUUAGGACGGUAGACAAAGCCCUAAGAGCACGGAACUUUACAGGUUUACCUGAGGAAUACCUCCCAAGAUGAUAUCUGGACAAUGAUGAUUUCCUACCUUUUGUGGAUUUUAAACAUUAAUAACUGCUGCAAAACUUUUACAUAUUUUUGUGUGCAUUGAACUCUAGGCUUAAAAAAAAUGGAAUAGAGGUUUAGUUUUAGAUGGCACAGAAUAUUAUCAUAUUCUUUGCUUUUUUCCUCUGUACUAAUGGCUGGGAAUUUUAUAGUUGUAUAUUAUGUAUUAUGGAAAAAGGUUAAUUCUGUUUAUCCUUCUUGCUGCCUUUUAGCAAAACUGUCAAGAGUAGUUUGAUAUGUUGCAGUGCCAGAGCUUGGAUUCUGUAAGGUAUGCUUUCUGUAAAAAUUGAAUAAAAAUGGUUGCAGAGGGGGUACAUUUUUUAUUUAAA